AUGGCGUAUUGGAAGUUUGGAGCUUGCUUUCUCGUGGGCGCGGCGCGGGCCGUUGCCGGACUGGGGCCGCCGCUGCACAUUGCGAAUCAUGAGGCAUGGAACGCACUUCAUUCGACGGGUCAGUCUCGGGUCGAGUCCGCCUCGGUCAUCUCGGAGUACCCUGAGUACAACAUCUCAGUGCCCAUCGACCACUUCCACAACGAUUCUCGUUACGAACCGCACUCUGAUGAGUACUUCAACCUUCGUUACUGGUUUGAUGCGAAGCAUUACCGCAAGGGAGGCCCCGUCAUCAUCUUGGCUGCCGGAGAGACGGAUGGCGAGGACCGCCUGCCCUUUCUUGACCAUGGCAUCCUUUCCAUCCUCGCCAAGGCCACCGGCGGCGUCGGCGUUGUUCUGGAGCAUCGCUACUACGGCAAGAGCUUCCCCGUCCCUGACCUCAGCACCGAGAACCUCCGCUUCUUGAGUACCGACCAAGCCCUCGCCGACACCGCCUACUUUGCGAAGCACAUCAGCUUUCCCGGACACGAGGACCUGAACCUCACCGCUCCGGGAACCGCUUACCUCGCCUAUGGCGGCUCCUAUGCCGGCGCCUUUGCUGCGUUCUUGAGAAAGCUCUACCCCGACGUCUUCUGGGGCGGAAUCUCCUCCUCUGGCGUUACAGCUGCUAUCAUCGACUACUGGGAGUACUACGAAGGCGCUAGACUCUUCGCGCCUGGGGACUGUGCCGAGACCACCCAGAUGCUUACCCAGGUUGUGGACAACAUCUUGCUUGCCAAGUCCAAGCAUGUCAAGCCUAGCCACGUGAGCCAGCUCAAGGAACUCUUCGGACUUGGUUCUCUCCAAGACGAUGAUUUUGCUAGCGCCAUAUCCUUUGGUAUAUCCGGCUUGCAAUCAACGAAUUGGGACCCCGCGUUGGACUCAACUGGCUUCGGAACCUACUGCGCCACCGUUAGCUCUGACAGCGUGCUUUUUGGCAGCACCCGCCAUCUCAAGCCUAACGUUGAGACACUGCUUUCCAUCAGUGGCGCCGACGCAAAGCUGACGAAUCGCCUGCUGAACUACGUUGGUUAUGUGAGGAAUUACGUCAAGAAGGGCUGCAGAGAUGGAGAUUUGGUGAAGUGCUUCUCGAGCCGGAACAAAGAGAAACACCAAAACACCAGCCUCAAUCAAGGUUAUGAGCGCAGCUGGCUUUACCAAGUGUGCACAGAAUGGGGCUACUUCCAGACUGGCUCUGGAGUACCUGAGAACCAGCUACCGCUCGUUUCCCGUGUCAUCGACAUUGAGUACAGCUCUAUCUACUGUCGGGAGGCUUUCAACAUUACCAAGCCCCCUGACGUAGAAGCCAUCAACAAGCAUGGCGGGUUCAACUUCAGCUAUCCGCGCGUUGCCAUCGUUGACGGCGAGGCGGACCCAUGGAGAGCCGCCACGCCUCACAAGAUCGGCCUGGACCGAAAGUCAACAACCAGCGAGCCCUUCCUCCUCAUUGAGCUGGGAGUCCACCAUUGGGACGAGAACUGCGUCAAACCUGAUGAUAUUACCCCGGACUUCCCACCCGCUUCCGUAAAGAAUGUUCAGGCUCAGGAAGUUGAAUUCGUCACUGCCUGGAUGAAGGAAUGGAAGGAAACUCAGAGUCAAGACACCCGCAAAGAAGGUUUGUUAUUCGGAGCCUUGACUUCAGUCGUUAUGCUGACGAUUGCAUCAGAAACAACGUUCGAAGAGCUUUAG